AGGAAACUCUUAUCGGCUCUCCCGUCUCUGUCUCCGUUCCAAGAUUUCAGAAAUCUCUGAAAAAUUUUCAGCUGAGAAUAUCGGAUCCCAUGGUAGAGAACCAGCAGAGCCCUUUCCGCCCCUACUGGGAAACGGUAACCCCAGAUUCCAGUUUUUUGAGCCCGUCUUUCUGGAUGAAAAAUUCAGAGAAGUCUCCCGUAGUUGAAGCUGAUCCGGCGAUGGGCGCCCCUGCCGAGGAUUCUUUUGAUUCGAUGAUCUUGGUUUCUGGGUCAAGACUAGUCCAGUCCGGGUUCAGGGAGAUGGAUUGCGGAGAUGAUUUUGUAAUGUUUGUGAAUUCUGGUGGCUCUGCAAUAGAAGGACGAGAUUCCCAUAUAAAUUUUCUGGGCGACUCUUAUUUUCAAGGCGGAGAUGUAAUAAAUACCAAUGAGGAGAUAGUUGAAGGUGGUGAUCACCCAUCUCUGUAUCAGUCUGCACGUUAUGGAAAUUUCUGCUACAAGUUUGAUGGUCUCGCACCUGGAGAUUAUUUUGUAGAUCUGCACUUUGCAGAGAUAGUCAACACAUAUGGGCCUAAAGGAAUUAGGGUGUUUGAUGUUUCCGUACAAGAAGAGAAGAUAUUGUCCGAAUUCGAUAUAUAUGCAGUUGUUGGAGCUAAUAAGCCUCUGCAGCUAGUUGAUAUCAGAGUCCUUGUUUUGGAUAAUGGAGUUAUUGUCAUAAGAUUUGAAGGAAUUAGUGGGACUCCAACUGUUUGUGGGAUUUGCAUUAGAAAAGCACCCAAAUUGUCAGCACCUUUGGUGAAACCUGAGCAUCUGAUUUGUAACAAAUGUGCUUCCGAGAUAGAAUUUUCUCCGACUCAGACUAGAGCUCGAAGUAGAUCCAUUGCCAAGUAUGAGAAGAAAAUACAAGAGCUGAGCAGCCAAUACAAAUUAAAAUCAGAUGAAUGCUAUGAAGCAUGGAUGUCUCUAACAGCUACAAAUGAACAGCUAGAAAGGCUAAGAAUGGAGCUUGACAAUAAGCUCUUCCAAACUGAAACUCUAGAACAAGCUGUUGAAAAACAAACGGGCAAAUUGAGAGAUGUUUCCGAAAGGUAUGAACAAGAUAAGAAGUUGUGGUUUGCUGCUAUCUCUAAUUUGGAAGGAAAAAUUAAGGCAAUGAAACAUGAGCUAUCCCAACUUUCUAUCGAGGCACAUGAAUGUGCCAAUUCAACUCCUGACUUGAAUAAGAUGAUCAUUGCUGUUCGGACCUUAGUUACCCAGUGUGAAGAUCUUAAGAUAAAGUAUAGCGAAGAGAUAGCCAAGAGAAAGAAAUUAUAUAAUCAAGUUCAAGAGACAAAAGGGAACAUCCGGGUGUUUUGUAGGUGUCGUCCCUUAACUAAGGAGGAGGUUUUAUCUGGCUGUACAACCAUAGUAGAUUUUGAUGCAGCAAAGGAGGGUGAUAUUGGGAUCAUGACUGGUGGAUCUACUAAAAAGACCUUUAAAUUUGACAGAGUUUAUACACCAAAAGAUGGUCAAGCGGAUGUGUAUGCGGAUGCAUCGCCAUUGGUUACAUCAGCCUUGGAUGGCUACAAUGUGUGCAUAUUUGCGUAUGGACAGACCGGAACAGGAAAGACUUUCACAAUGGAGGGUACUGAGCAGAACAGAGGAGUGAAUUACAGAACUUUGGAGGAAUUAUUUAGAAUUGCUGCAGAGAGGAAGGAGACAUUUACCUACAACAUAUCAGUCAGUGUUCUUGAGGUGUACAAUGAGCAGAUCAGAGACUUGCUGGCGACGUUCCCAUCAACAAAGAAGCUGGAGGUAAGACAGGCUGCUGAAGGAUUUCAUCAUGUGCCAGGGAUAGUGGAGGCCAAAGUAAAAACCAUAAAAGAAGUUUGGGAUGUAUUGCAAACUGGAAGCAAUGCCAGAGCUGUUGGAUCUAAUAACGUAAAUGAGCACAGUAGUCGAUCCCACUGCAUGCUUUGCAUAAUGGUGAGGGCAAAAAAUCUAAUGAAUGGGGAGUCCACAAAAAGCAAGCUUUGGCUCAUAGAUUUGGCAGGAAGUGAGAGGCUUACAAAGACAGAUGUGCAGGGGGAGAGGCUUAAGGAAGCUCAGAACAUUAAUAGAUCGCUUUCAGCCCUUGGAGAUGUCAUGUCUGCUCUUGCAACCAAAAGCAGCCACAUCCCAUACAGGAAUUCCAAGCUGACACAUUUGCUGCAAGAUUCAUUAGGAGGUGACUCGAAAGCUUUAAUGUUUGUGCAAAUCAGCCCCUCCGAUAACGACUUGGGUGAAACUCUCAGCUCAUUGAACUUUGCAAGUCGAGUCAGAAGUAUAGAGUUGGGUCCUGCAAGGAAGCAGGUUGACACAGGCGAGCUUCACAAGAUGAAACAGAUGCUUGAUAAAGUAAGACAAGAAUCCAGAAUUAAAGACGAGUCAUUUCGGAAGCUAGAAGAACAUUGCCAAAACUUAGAGAAUAAACUCAGAGGAAAAGAACAGCUCUGCAGAAAUUUCCAAGAAAAGAACAAAGAACUUGAAAGCCAACUUGAGUCAAAGGCAGUGUCUCAAAACUUAUCAGAAAAGCAAUAUUGGCAACUUUCAGAAAAAUUGAAGGGGAAGGAAGACGCAUGCAUCACCCUCCAGCAAAAGGUAAAAGAGUUGGAAUACAAAUUGAAUGAUCAACAACAUUCUGAAUCAAUGAUUCUUCAGCAAAAGCAGGUCAAAGAGCUGGAGUGCAAGCUUAAAGAACAACUAUACUCUGAAUCAGUAGCUGUACGAAAGGUUAAGGAACUUGAAUACAAGCUAAAGGAGAGACUGCAAUCUGAGCUGAUGCUUGAACAAAAGGUCAAGCAGCUUGAAAACAAGCUAAGAGAAGAGAGGGUUCAGUCAAAAUCCAUGUUCCUGUUCCAAUCUGAUGAUGCCCUCAGGUUUGCAACACCAACUGAAGGGAAAGCAUUUUCAAGGGAUGAAUCAAGGAGCGAAACUGACCCUCAGGUUCUACAAAGCUCAAACUCUAUUAACAAGCCAAUGAGUGGUCAGGGUUCCAUUUUGCUACGAGGGGCUGAGCCUCUUCAUGAGAUCAAACGGAAAAGAGAACUCAGAAAUGCGAUGGUUGGGGAAUCUGAGAACAAUAUUACAGUGCCGACACCCUUAGUAGAGAAAAGGGUACAACCAAGUGAAUUGGACAAGGUUAGGAAAAUUGAUCCAGCCAAGGCAUUUGGAAGGCUUACUAGAAAGGUUGUUGCUACUCGAAAGGUGUUUCCGCAUAGCAGAAAUAACCAGGAGAAAGACAAGAUAAAAGUGUGGGCUAGAUAGUCUGCAAAGGAAUUGUAUAAUCUGUAUACUUGUUCUUCAAUAGCGCGCUUCACAGAUUGGUGAAGUUUAAAUUUGAGACAGAAUUCGUUUGGAAUUGUAUGAUGAUAUUUUCUUGUACAACUCAAGUAUAUUGGCUGUAUCACUAAAGAACAAGCUUACUGUGAAAAAUAUGUAUAUAUAUUUUUUAAAA